CGGCCUGCAGGAGAGUUCAACAAGAACUCACAAUAUUAAGUCUUUUACUUUGAAAAAUUUUUUGCAUCUAAAAUUGAUACAACUUAUAUAUUAUAAUUUUAGGGAUUUUCUUUUUACCUGUCUAAACUGACUAUUUUGUACAAUUUAUUAUUUUUAACUUAACUUUCAACUACUUUUCAACAAUGAAUCCAAUCAACGAACCUUUGGAAAUAACUGGCAACGAGUUGGUUCACAUACUUAGGACUCCCCGGGAACAGUACACCUCUGCAGGGUGCGUGGUGCUGGACUGCAGACCGUUUCUCGACUUUUCCUUGGCCCACAUCUGCGAGUCCCGAAACGUGAACUGGAACGCCAUGCUGCGUCGUAGAUCCAAGAGUUCAGUGGUGGCUCUGGAGUGGCUCAUUCCGGACAAGACGCUCAGGGCCCGGCUCCAGAGUGGGGAGUUCUCCCCAGUGGUGGUGGUGGAUGAGAGAAGCAGCUCCAUGGCCGAGUUGAAGGCGGAGAGCGUGUCCCAGAUGCUGCUCACCGCCCUGCAAAACGAAGUUCACACGCAGAUCUGCUUUCUGCAAGGUGGAUUUGGGGCAUUUUCUGAGGCCUAUCCGGAGCUUUGCUACACUUCAACCAUCAAUCACUGCGCAGUGGAGCCAGAGCCAAAAGUGACAGGCCGGAGGACACCCGCGUAUGAUCAGGAUGGUCCCGUGGAGCUGCUACCUUUCUUGUUUUUGGGCAGUGCCAUCCACUCAUCCCGCAGAGAGACUCUGGCUGCAGCCGGCAUCACAGCUGUGCUCAACGUGUCCUCCACCUGUCCCAACUUCUAUGAAGGGGAGUUUCAGUACCUGCGACUCACUGUGGAGGACACACUGGCUGCAGACAUCAGAGCCUGCUUUUCUGCCGCAAUUGCAUUCAUUGACUCGGUGAAGCAGAGCGGUGGAAGGGUGCUGGUGCACUGUCAGGCAGGUAUAUCCCGCUCAGCCACCAUCUGUCUGGCCUACCUCAUGCACACUCAACGUGUCCGGCUGGACGAGGCGUUCGACUUCGUCAAGCAGCGGCGUCACGUCAUCUCGCCAAACCUGGCUUUCAUGGGACAGCUGCUGCAGUUUGAGACUGAUGUUCUGUGUCAGGGAUAAAGGCACAAAUCCAUCUGUGAAAUGUAACUGACUCUCCUGCCUCUUGGCAUAUUGCGCUGGACUCGCUGCACUACCAGGACUCAAACCACAUGCAUAAAUGUGUUGUUGGUACUGUUGAAAAGUUCACUUUGUACAUUCAGAGGAAAGCUAAAUGUGUUGCUGGCAUCACAUGGUUGCAGUCAUAUUUUGAAAAUGCUAUAUUUUAGCAAUGUAAACCACAGUGUCAUGGAAACAUUAUGAAAAACUGUGAUUCUGAGCCAGCUAGCUGGAACAGCUAUGAGGUAAUUUCCCUGACGUUAUACUUGAGUGGAGUUGUGCCUGCCUGUUUGGUUUGUGUGUGUGUGUGUGUGUGUGUGUGUGUGUGUGUG